AUGAUGUCAACCAAGUCUAAAGGACCCGUAAUACAAGUCGAUCGUCUCAUUAUUGAUCCGCGAAAUCCAAUCCAACCGAAAUCAGUUCGUUCUGAUGUAUCACCUUCAUCGACAAUUAAAGAUUUUUUGAAGAAUAAUUCAUCUGAAGAAUCAUAUUUCUUUUUUCCAUCAAAUCGAAUACAAAUUGUUCGUUUAACACUUGAUGAUUUAAACAAGAGAGAAUCGAUUCUUUCUCCAAUUUAUGAAUCAAUUGAGGAACAACGAAAACUAUCAAAAUGA